AUGAUGAAGAUGCACGGACUUGGCGACGGAGCAUACUGGAUAGUGAGCUACACAUACUACCUGAUUCUGUACACUGCGUACAUUGCCGUGUUCGUGGGCCUCGGAUCUUUGGCAAACCUUCCCAUUUUCCGCCUCAACGAUUACGGUGUACAAAUCGCGUUCUACUUCCUGUACGGCAACCUGCAGAUCGCCUUCGCCUUCCUAAUGAGCGGCGUGUUCGGCUCAACCCUGACGGCAAUGGUGUUUUCCUUCUUGUGGAUCUUCGGGGGCGGGCUGGUCAGCCUCUUCUUGAUGAAUCGCCUGAUCAUGGACGACGCUGUCUACGUCAAGCUGGUGCAGCUCGUUCCAGCCUUUAGCGCCUACAGGGGAUGGUUCGAGAUGGGCGUGUACAGCUUGCGCGCCAAGGAGCGAAGCAUUGAUGGCCUUACUUGGGAGUCCCUCAAUGACGACAAGAAUGACAUGGAUUUCUUGCUGGUGGCCUUCGUCGUGGAAUGGCCGCUUUUCAUGAUGGUGGCGUGGUAUGUAGAGCAGGUGUACUCAACGGGCACGGGUUUCAAUAGGCAUCCUUUUUAUUUCUUGCAAGGACUCCGUAAGGCGAAGAACACACGCGAAAAGCAAGUAAGAAGAUGGACUAAGUGCAGCAAUAUCAUGUAA